ACAGGAGCCGGCGGAGUUUGGCCAUUUAAAGAUCUGUCCAAUGAGGGACAGGAUCAGGACAGCGGACAGUGAAGAGGAAGACGCGAUGGACGUCCAUCUGUACUCCUCCAAUGAUGAGCCCAAGAUGAAGAGAGACUUUGACAAAAAGGUGUUUGUCAACAGGAGCCUGACUCUUGAAAGCAUCAAAUGCUAUGGUUUUGACAUGGACUACACUCUGGCAAUGUAUAAAUCCCCUGACUAUGAGAGCACAGGCUUUGAGCUCCUAAGGGACAGGAUGGUGUCUGUCGGAUAUCCUCAUGAGCUUCUGCGCUACACAUAUGAUCCAAGCUUCCCCACUCGGGGAGUGGUUGUGGACACCAGCUACGGGAACCUGUUGAAGGUAGACUCUAAUGGCAACAUCUUGGUUUGCUGUCAUGGUUUCCACUUCCUCAGAGAGGGAGAUGUUCAUUUCUACUACCCCAACAAGUUCAUCCAAAGAGAUGACACCGAACGCUUUUACAUCCUCAACACGCUCUUCAACCUCUCAGAGACGUACCUCUACGCCUGUCUGGUGGAUUUCUUCACCAGAUGCACCAGAUAUGCAAACCUGGAGAAAGGCUUCCAGCAUGGUGACCUGUUCAUGUCGUACAGGAGCAUGUUCCAGGAUGUCAGAAAAGCAAUGGACUUUAUUCACGACACAGGAGUCCUUAAGGAACAAACUAUCAAGAAUUUGGAGAAAUAUGUUGUGAAAGACCCAAACAUCCCUGUGCUCUUGACAAGAAUCAAGGAGGUGGCGAAGGUUUUUCUGGCCACAAACAGCGACUACAACUACACCGAGGUCAUCAUGAAGUACCUGCUGGAAGGAAACUCCAAACCUGGAGGUCCUAAAAAGCCCUGGCGCUCCUACUUUGAUCUCGUUGUCGUGGAUACCAGGAAGCCUCUGUUUUUUGCGGAUGGGACGGUGUUGAGACAAGUGGACACAAACACUGGAAAGCUCCGUAUCGGGACAUACACCGGUGACCUGCAGCACGGAACAGUUUAUUCUGGAGGCUCUUCAGAUAUUGUCAGUGAACUGCUGGACGUCAAAGGUAAAGACAUCCUUUAUGUUGGAGAUCACAUUUUUGGAGACAUCCUCAAGUCGAAGAAACGCCAAGGCUGGAAGACUUUCCUGGUUGUACCUGAGCUCACUAAGGAGCUGCAGGUGUGGGAGGAAAAGAAAAGUCACUUUGAGGAGCUGAAACGCCUCGAUGUUUUUUUAGCUGAACUUUACAAACAUUUGGACAGCGGCAGCAAAGAGUGUCCCGACAUCAGCGCCAUCAAGACAAGAAUGAAUGUUCUGGCCUACAGGAUGGAUAUCUCUUACGGUCAGAUGGGCAGCCUCCUGCGCAGCGGCUCCACUCAGACGCUGUUUGCCAGCCAGUUGAUUCGCUAUGCAGACCUGUACUCGUCCACCUGCAUCAACCUGCUGCACUACCCCUUUAAUUACCUCUUCAUGGCUCCUCCAGUGCUGAUGCCCCACGAGGUAGCAUCUCAAAUCUCUGCAGAAGUUUCCUCCUCAGACCAGAGCAAUCGCACGUUAACGUCAAACAAAAACUGAGGUCACUGUCAUGACGACAUUAAGGGGGUUUGCAGCUUCUUCUGGACUUUAUUGAAGAGACAGUUUGCAACUUUAAACGGAUGAUUUGUUGCAUCUGUUAAAGUUUCUUUUGCACCAUCAAGGCUCAUGAUGUGGAUUUAAAAGCAACAAAAACUUUAGGGUUACUUUGUAAAUAUGAGUGUUUUUCAUCGAGUGUCGCAAAAAGCGUUUUACUUUUAAAAAUGAUGAAUGGUUUUAGUGUUAAACUUGUUGUUAUUCAUAAUUAGUGGAACAUUUGUUCAAUUUAAUAUCACCAAAUCCCUCUUACUAUUUAUGUUUACUUUUAAACUUUAUUGUUCGUGGAUAAUUGCACUUGUGUGGCUUUUGCAAACGUGAAAUUUAGGUUGUUUUAAUCAGAAGCAAUUACAGAUGUUUCUGUUUCUGUAAAGACACUUCCUGUUAAGUUUUAUGCAAUAUAAAAAGCUUUUACAGUGUUGUAAUGAAUAAAAAAAUAGAUGAUGUGAUGAAAAAUAUCUAAUUCCUAAAUGUAAGACUUUGUUUUUCUGCAUUAAAUUCCUGCAGCUGUU